AUGUCACCAGCAAAUAGCUCAUGUAUUCACCCCUCCUAUUUUCUGUUGUUGGGAAUCCCAGGACUGGAAAAUAUGCAGCUCUGGCUUGGCUUCCCAUUCAGUGGGUCGCGACAAUUCAGCACAGUGUAUCUGAUUGCUCUCCUGGGGAAUGCCACCAUUCUUUUGGUGAUCCAGAUUGAGCACAGCCUUCAUCAGCCCAUGUUCUACUUAUUGGCCAUUUUGGCUCUGACUGAUUUGGGCCUGUCCACAGCAACUAUCCCCAAAGUGCUAGGCAUAUUCUGGUUUGGUUUCAGUGAAAUUGCUUUCAGGGACUGCUUAGCUCAAAUGUUCUUCAUACACCUGUUCACAGGCAUAGAAACGUUCAUGCUUGUGGCCAUGGCCUUCGAUCGCUACGUUGCUAUUUGCCACCCUCUCCGAUACAACACAAUUCUCACCAACAGAACAAUUUGUUUUAUUGUUGGGGUAGGAAUGUUGAAAAAUUUUGUUUUGGUUUUUCCACUUGUAUUUCUCCUUCUAAGGCUGUCAUUCUGUGGCCACCAUGUCAUACCCCAUACCUACUGUGAGCACAUGGGCAUUGCCCGUCUGGCCUGUGUCAGCAUCAAGGUCAACAUAUUAUUUGGAUUAAUUCUUAUCUCUAUGAUCCUUUUGGAUGUUAUUUUGAUUGCUGUCUCCUAUGUGAAGAUUCUCCAUGCUGUCUUUAAACUCCCAUCCUGGGAGGCCAGGCGUAAAGCUCUCAAUACCUGUGGUUCCCAUGUGUGCGUCAUCUUAGCAUUCUUCAUCCCAGCCUUUUUCUCCUUUCUGACCCAUCGAUUUGGCCACAAUAUUCCACGUUAUAUCCACAUCCUCCUUGCUAACUUAUAUGUGAUUAUCCCCCCUGCUCUAAACCCCCUUAUUUAUGGGAUAAGAACCAAGCAGAUCCGAGAUCGGGUGGUGAUAAUUUUUUGUAAGGAGGUUUGA